AGGUAACUGAGUCCACGGAAUUCACGGAGUUAACAGACAAAGAACCAUGGCUUUCAUCCGCAAGAUUGGUUGUGAAACCGGACAUGUUGUUUGGCAAGCGUGGGAAGAGUGGCCUAGUAGCCUUGAAUUUAGAUCUUGCUCAAGUUGCUGAAUUCGUGAAAGCACGCCUUGGCGUGGAGGUUGAGAUGGGCGGUUGCAAGGCACCAAUCACGACAUUCAUUGUUGAACCAUUUGUUCCCCAUGACCAAGAAUAUUACCUUUCCAUAGUCUCUGAAAGGCUUGGUUCUACGAUUAGCUUUUCAGAAUGUGGAGGCAUUGAAAUUGAAGAGAACUGGGACAAGGUGAAAACUAUAUUUCUUCCUAGUGAAAAACCUAUGACACUGGAGACAUCUGCUCCUUUGAUUGCCACACUUCCACUGGAGGUUCGAGGGAAGAUUGGUGAUUUUAUAAUGGGCGUUUUUGCUGUAUUUCAAGAUCUGGAUUUUAGUUUCCUUGAGAUGAAUCCCUUUACUCUGGUAAAUGGGGAGCCAUACCCCUUGGAUAUGAGGGGAGAGUUGGAUGACACGGCUGCCUUCAAGAACUUUAAGAAGUGGGGUAGUAUAGAGUUCCCUCUGCCUUUCGGAAGAGUUCUGAGCCCAACAGAAAGAUUCAUUCACUCAUUGGAUGAAAAGACCAGUGCAUCAUUGAAGUUUACUGUUUUGAACCCAAAAGGACGCAUCUGGACAAUGGUGGCCGGAGGUGGUGCAAGUGUCAUAUAUGCCGACACAGUUGGUGAUUUGGGUUUUGCAUCCGAGCUUGGUAAUUAUGCAGAGUAUAGUGGAGCUCCAAAUGAGGAGGAGGUGCUGCAAUAUGCCAGAGUUGUUAUUGAUUGUGCCACUGCUGACCCUGACAGCCGUAAGAGAGCCCUUCUUAUUGGAGGAGGUAUUGCUAACUUCACGGAUGUUGCGGCUACUUUCAAUGGAAUCAUUCGGGCCCUGAGGGAGAAGGAAUCCAAGUUAAAAGCAUCAAGGAUGCACAUCUUUGUUCGAAGAGGUGGUCCCAACUAUCAGACUGGAUUGAAAAAGAUGCGUGCCUUGGGAGAAGAACUGGGAGUGCCCCUUGAGGUUUAUGGACCUGAGGCUACAAUGACUGCCAUUUGCAAGCAGGCUAUUGAUUGCAUAAUGUCUGCAGCAUAGUCUCAUCAUUCUUUGUAUUUUCAUUUGUCACUGCACUGAGAAAAUAAUAUUGCAUGAGGCUUCCUUGAAAGGCAUAAGCUGGAUUGGACUGUUUGCUCUAAAAACGUUAAUUCCCCUUCUUUGUUUUUUUUUUUUGAAAUUUUACGCAAACCUAUGCAAUAAUAAUGACAAGUUGUAGAUUAACUCACUGGUUUUCUAUCCCAGUACUAGUUUAUUUGUUCAAGGCUGUGUGAUUUUUGUCAGCACUGGAAUUUUGGCAGACUCCCGCGGAAAGAAUGAAAAGAA